AUGCGAUGCCAACACUUCUGGUUGGCAACGCGACAUGGUUCCCUCAGAGUAAGAUGCCUUCAUGUUGCAGUGGUGAAUGUGGUCCUAUUGAUGGAGACGUUGACCCUAAACACCAGUAACAUCUGGGGAGUUGCGUAACAAGAAAUGUGCACAAAAUGGGAUGUUGUUUGGCUAACCGUCAACAAUCUCGCUGAGUUGCCAUUUGCCGAAGUGGAGUCUCAGUUGCAUGUUAUUGCUGGUAAGGAAAUGGUUAGUCCAAGCAACAAUGCAAAUGAGUUCAGGUAGUAUGAGGCUGAGCGACCCUAGGCAGGAUUGAUCAUUAGAAAAUAGAAACCGCUAAAACCAAACGCGGUCUUCUUCCCCCAAUUUCAUCACGCUUCUUUUUCUUUGGAUAUGACUAGGUUUUGGUGUUUCCCCCGUGUUGCACCGAUUGAUGGCGAAUCUUCAGACAGAGAAGACGAUACAGUCGGCAAGAAGCCUCUAGAUUGGAAGACUAGGAUGAAGAUAGCAAAGGGUGUUGCCAAGGCUUUACAAUAUUUGCAUGAUCAAAAGGAUCCUCCUGUACUCUUUGGAGACCUCAAAGCAUCUAGUAUUUUACUUGAUGAAAAUUUUAAUCCAAAGCUGUUCGAUUUCAGUUUUGCAAAACUUGGUCCUACUUGGGAUAACUCCAAGGGUUCUAGAAUGGUGAUUGGAAAAGUAGGCUAUUGUGCUCCAGAGUACGGUUCGACCGGCAUACUCACUAAGCAAUAUGACAUCUUUAGUUUUGGGGUUGUUUUGCUUGAGUUGAUCUCUGGGCGGAAGGCAAUUCAAGAAAACUUGGUUAAGAACCGCAGUAUUGUCUAUUGGACACGGCCAUAUAUUAGUGACAGUAUGAAGUUCAAAGAGAUUGUUGACCCAUCCAUGGAAGGGUGCUAUCCAGAAAAUGAACUUGCUCAAGCUCUUGCUGUUGCUGAAAUGUGUGUACAGGAAGAUGCUAAGAAAAGACCUCCUAUAGCAGAUGUUGUGGCUAAGCUUCCUCGUGUACAAGCUGAUGGAGAAGCAUUGGGAUAAGAUUGAAGCGUAAAAGUUGCUCAUCUUUUUUCUGGACAGAUAAUACUUCUCUUGUUUUGAUACACACUCCGAUUGAGCUCAGUCUGGCCCGGUGACUGAAUGGGUACGGUUUACUUCAGUUUUUAUAGCUUACUGAAGGAGUUCGCAUUAUCAUAUAGUACACUUUUAUUUUAGCAUAAACACUAAGCAGGCAGAUCACCACUGUAAAUGGCGAUCCAUCUCCAAGAUAGAUUAAUUCAUUUUUUCUCAGCUGGGAAUACUGUUUGGCCUGACCUUUUGUAAAGAAAGAAAUAAUCACACAUCACCAGACACAAAAGGAUGUCUCGGUGGACCUUGUAGUCUAGUUUAAGAAGGUUUCUUUUAUGAAUCUUCUGCGUUGCAUAUAGAUAUUGUCAGUUAUAAGUAG